CCCAGCAAGUGUGGCAUCCUGCUCUAAUGCCCCUGCAGCCGAAGCAACUGACCGCCGUGCCCCAGCAAGUGUGGCAUCCUGCUCAAAUGCCCCUGCAGCAGAAGCAACCGACCGCCGUGCCCCAGCAAGUGUGGAAUCCAUUUCACACACUGCAGAAGCAACCGACCGCCGUGCCCCAGCAAGUGUGGCAUCCUACUCAAAUGCCCCUGCAGCAGAAGCAACCGACCGCCGUGCCCCAGCAAGUGUGGCAUCCUGCUCAAAUGCCCCUGCAGCAGAAGCAACCGACCACCGUCCCCCAGCAAGUGUGGCAUCCUGCUCUAAUGCCCCUGCAGCCGAAGCAACCGACCGCCGUGCCCCAGCAAGUGUGGCAUCCUGCUCAAAUGCCCCUGCAGCAGAAGCAACCGACCGCCGUGCCCCAGCAAGUGUGGAAUCCAUUUCACACACUGCAGAAGCAACCGACCGCCGUGCCCCAGCAAGUGUGGCAUCCUACUCCAAUGCCCCUGCAGCAGAAGCAACCGACCGCCGUGCCCCAGCAAGUGUGGCAUCCUGAUCAAAUGCCCCUGCAGCAGAAGCAACCGACCGCCGUGCCCCAGCAAGUGUGGCAUCCUGCUCUAAUUCCCCUGCAGCAGAAGCAACCGACCGCCGUGCCCCAGCAAGUGUGGCAUCCUGCUCUAAUUCCCCUGCAGCAGAAGCAACCGACCGCCGUGCCCCAGCUGGGGUGGCAUCCUGCUCAGUUUCCCCAGCAGAAGCAACUAGCCCCUAUGCCUCUACUGCUGAAGGAACCAACCACCAUAGCCCAGCAACCUCAGCAGGUGUGGCAUCCAGCUCAAAUGUCGAAGAAUCGAACAUCCACUGAACCUCAGCAGCAGAAGCAACCGGCCCCUGAACCUCAGCAGAAGGAACUGACCGCCAUGCCCCAGCAAAUGUGGUAUCGAGCUAAAAUGCUCCAACAGGAGAAUCAUCUGGCCGCCAUUGUCCAGCAGCCUCCGCAGGAACUGGCCGUCGAGCAGCAGCAGGAACUGGCCGUCGAGCAGCAGCAGCAGGAACUGGCCGUCGAGCAGCAGCAGGAACUGGCCGUCGAGCCCCAGCAGCAGAAGGAACUGGCCGUCGAGCCCCAGCAGCAGAAGGAACUGGCCGUCGAGCCCCAGCAGCAGAAGGAACUGGCCGUCGAGCCCCAGCAGCAGAAGGAACUGGCCGUCGAGCCCCAGCAAGUGAGGUAUCCAGCUCAAAUGGCCCAGCAGCAACCCAACCCCAUUCCUCAUCAAUUUUGGCAUGCAGCCCAAAUUUCCCAGCAGCAACUGGCCCCAAAUUCUCAGCAGAAGCACUACGAAAGCACUGAAGAUGGUGCCUCUGGUAAUUCUCAGGCCAGAGUUGUUGAACAGUCGGGUGUCAUCCCAAUCUCUUCCUACAGUUUCAAAUCGCACUACAAGAAUGGCAGAACUGGAGUCUCCCAAAUCAGCUACACUCCUAGGGAGGCAAUGCCUGUUGACAGUGGAAAUGCUCCCAAGGACGGUUAUGUUAGCAUUGGUGCACCAAGCAUAUAUCCAACACUAGUGAAGGAUUCUGCAAGGGAAAUAUAAUGGAUUCAUCCUCUAGAAGCUCUAAUGACCAGGAAGUUGCUGGUGCUCUUGCUACUCUAGUGUGAUGGAAUCAAUAAACAAUUUGACUUUAAAAAUGC